AUGGCUUGCAGCAAAGUCCACAGCACGGGAAUGAGAUAUCAUGCCAUCUAUUCUGGUAAUUUUUUUCUAUCUAUCUAUCUAUCUAUCUAUCUAUCUAUCUAUCUAUCUAUCUCUUCUCUCUCUAUCAUAUCAAUCCGGAUCCCUUCAUAUCUAUCUAUCUAUCUAUCUAUCUAUCUAUCUAUCUAUCUAUCUAUCUAUCUAUCUAUCUCUCUCUCUCUCUAUAUAUAUAUAUAUAUAUAUAUAUAUAUAUAUAUAUAUAUAUAUAUAUAUAAUAAUGUCUGUCUGUCUAAGUCUAUUCAUAUCUAUCACCUUAGUAUAUAUUGGUUUGGUUUGUUUCGUUUUACGGCUAUCAACCUCAAUGGGUUAUUUAAUGCCGACAACAUUUUUAUUACUGGAAAUAUAUAUUUUUUGUCUAUCUAUCUAUCUAUCUAUCUAUCUAUCUAUCUCAUAUCCACUAAUUGCAAAAUAACACCGUUUUUCUCUGCCGCUCCGAUUCACAUUGCUUCACGGUCUGUUGAAGCUGUGUUUUAA